CUCGUGCAGACAGACAUGAAUCAAACGGUCCAGCCGCCCAUGCACACCAGUCCAUCCAAGCAGCACAUAAGUCAGUCUGUCAUGUGCGCACAAGGCCACACAUGUCUGCCGCUGCCGUCGUCGCAAUGGCUCCUCCUCUUCUCACUCACUCAGCCCGACUUCACCUGCAAAACAUCCAUCCAUCCAUCCAUUCACUCAUUGGGCUUUCGUCGUAUCCAGGCACUCACGUGAUAGAUUGCGAUCUCCUUGGCGGUGGAGCUCAUGCCCGCCGCCAGGGUGCCGUCGCCGUCGUCGUUGCGUCGGCCGAGGUAGCCAUCGGGAAGGUCGUCCUCCUUGACCCACUGAAGCAUGCUGCGCACGUCAGCUGUCGGGCCGGGGCUGCCGAAAGCGAGCCGCAGAUACCCGUCACCCAAAUACACCUGCACACAUGACAUGUGACAGCCAGUCAGGGGGGUUCAGUGCCAUUUACUGCAGUGACACUAAUUAUGUGUGCCCUCCACCCACCUUGCCGCGGGAGUCCAUAUUGGUGGCCUUGAUGAAGGCGUCGCGGCCGGCGACCUCGACCACCUGUUGAGCCUCGGGGAUGGGCACCUUGGUGACUUUGGCGUACGCACCGCUGAUCGAGAUGAGGAAGUGGGGCACCGGGUAUUCAUUCGUCUGUGUGGGGUCGGCGCACGGCAUGAGUUGUCCCUCGAGGAAGGCGCCAAAUCGGUGUGUGUCGUCGUGGUUGACGAGGAACAGCAGACCGCUCGCAUCGCCCACCUUGUCGACCAUCGUGCCGAAGUCACCACCGUCACGCGUCGAACUGACAGAGAGCAAAGGGCAGAGGGGAAUGGAGUGACAUUGCGAGAGAUCAGAUGGUCGUUUCUGCGUACCUGUAGAGGAGUGUCAUUGAGGGCUUGGGUAUCUCCGUCAUGGCCAGCACCUCACGCGUCUCCUCGAAGGUGAGCAGUGGGGCCGGGGGCCGAUAGACGUCCUCCAUCUUGAGGCCAUACAUCUCCACAUCCUUCU